AUGUGGUGUGGACAAUCGGCGGGAGAAGCUCUGCGGAAGCUCGGUUUGCUCGGAGAAGGCGGUCGUGUGGGCUCAAGACGUGGUAAGCUCUGCUUGAGGCGGCAGAGAGGCUUGUCGUUGAGUUUCGCGGUGGUUUUUGAAGAGUUUCGAGAAGGGUUUCUUUUUGCGCCGGUUAGGAGGGAUCGCUGUGUGUCGGGAGUUGCUCCGUCCGUGCGACGAUGGCGUUCGACGGUGUGGCCGUCGGGUUUCUUCAGAGCUUCCGAAGCGUCUCCUCCGGAAGAAGGUGGCGGAUCCGAAUCUCGUUCGUUGCAGCUCGGUUUGGAGUCGGAUACUCUGGUCCGGUGUUUUCUGUUCCGACGAUGA